AUGGCCCACGAAACCUUCGCCUUCAGCUCCUCGGCCCUGCGCUCGCUGCGGCUCCAGCGGGAGCUGCUGGAGCGGGAGGAGCGGCGGAGAGCCUUGGCCCGGGAAUGGGCCACGCGCCGGUUCCUGCCGGAGCCCCCCCGGGCCCCCCCGAGCCCCCCCCGGCGGCGCCGGUACUGCCGGGACCCCGCCGUGCACAACGCCCUGUACGCCGGGGACCUCCCGCGGGUCCAGAGCAUCUUCAAGGAUGAGGCCACGGCCAAUUUGGUCCUGGAGAUGGUCAGCGAGGAGCUGGUGUGGUCACCAGAGCAGGGGCUGUGGGUGCUGAGCCCCCGCCGGCAGCAAACCUCGGCUCUGCGCAUCGUCACCGCCCGGGGCUACGAGGACUGUGCCCGGCACUUGCUGCUGCGGGGGGCGGCGGUGGACGCCGUGGUGGGGGGCCGGGCCCCCUUGCACGACAGCGCUGCCGCCCCCCACCCCAACUGCGCCCGCCUGCUCCUGGCCUUCGGCGCCGACCCCAACGUGCUGAGCGCCGAGGGCUCGGCCCCCCUGCACCUCUGCACUGCCCCCCAAAGCCUGCGGUGUGCGGAGCUGCUGCUGGCGCACGGCGCGCGGGUGAACCUGGGCACUCGCGACCGGCAGGUGACGGCCCUGCACGUGGCAGCUCGCCAGGGGCUAGUGGCCCACGUGGAGCUGUACCUGCACCACGGCGCCGACCCCUCCCACCGCACCCACCAGGGUGAGACCCCCCUGAACGCCGCGGCGGCUGCAGCCGAGCACCCCGAGGAGGCCGAGCGGUACCUGCGCGUGGCCGAGCGGCUGCUGGCGGCCGGUGCCGACCCGGGGGCCGCGGGGCGCAAGGGCCACACGCCCCUGCACAACGCCUGUGCCAACGGGCACCCCGGGCUGGCCCGGCUGCUGCUGUGCCACGGCGCCGAUGCCACCAUCCCCAACGGCGCCGGCGACACCCCCAUGGACUGUGCCCUCCGCGCCGUCCACGAGUACCGGGAUCAGCGCCCCGAGGAGACCCUCGUGCUCCUGCUUGACCACGGCGCCCGCCCCAGGCACCCCAAGAUGCUCAGGUUGUGCUGCCAGCACCCGCCGGCGCUGGAGGUGAUGCUCAACGCCUACGACCGCGUGCCGCCCGCCGAGGGAUGGGCGGGGGACGUGCCCCCCGAGCUGUGGGAGGAGCACCGGGAGUUCUACGCCUCAGCCGUGCGCAUGGUGGGGCAGCCACGGCGGCUGCAGCACCUGGCACGCUGGGCCAUCCGGAGCCACCUGGGCUCCCGCUGCCACAGCGCUGUCCCCAAGCUGGCACUGCCACCCGCCCUGCGAUGGUACCUCCAGCUGCACAUCGAGGGGGUCAUUUCUUGAGAGCAGCCCUUGCUCCCCCACUGGUGUUCCCUCCCCGUGUCCCCUCCAGUGCCCCCAUCACUGUCCCCUCCCUGUGACCCCCCCAUGUGCUGGUGUUAAUAAAAGGACGUAGCAGAGGUGGC